AUGCAAAUGGGCUGGUUCGGCGCGGCUCUACCGGCACGUUCGGGUCCGACUAAUUUUGGGGGCGAAUGGGAACAACUGAUGCCAAGUCGUGGACAACAUGUCAGUCAAGAACGGGGCAGAGCGAAAGGUGGGCAGAACGGUGAAAUGAGAACGCCUAUUUGUGUCAAUCUCUGCAGCCUCGUCUCCUCGGCCCAAAAUGUAUAUUUACAAGUGUUCAGGCGCGACUGUGUGACACGACGCGUCUGCAAUCCCUCAAGUCUGUGCGGUCUUUGCUCGACCCCCGUCCCCUCGACC